AACAUUCUUCUUCAGGAUUUCACAAUAAUAUUAACCUUUGACAACAAAACACAUCUCCAAGGCAGUUUUUCGGUGACAGUUCUCUUUUUUUGAGACUUUUCACCGAUUAAGUCAUGGCCAUGGACAUGAAGAAGGUGACCUGUGCCGUCCUCGUUGCCGCUGCCACAGUGAGCUCGGCUAUGGCCGUUGAGGCUCCAGCCCAGGCACCAACUAGUGGUGCACAAGCAGCUUUGCCGGCUGUUGGGGCUUUGGUCGGGGCAUCACUAGUAUCCUUUUUCGCCUUCUUUUUGCAUUAAUAAACUCUCCUGGAAGGAUUAGACAUGAGGAUGGGAAGGGGGGAAAAGAAGAAAAAUAAAGAAGAGAGAAGUAUGAUGGAAAGAAGAAUGGAUUCAUACAGAUAAUUAAUCAGCUGGUGCUUAAUCUUGAUGUUGUAUUGAAGUUUCAUUGUACUUUUAUUAUCUUAUAUUGAUGUUCUGUGACACAAUGCAAUGAAGGAAGCCUUUUAUAUAUCCA